CGAAGUAGACAAAGCGGCCGAUUCAGACGUACUGGUCAUUGCUUGGUCAGAGACAAAUUCCGUGUUAAAAACAACUGAAAACUCGGAAAAAAACGACUGAAAAAUAGAUUUGAACGGUCAUCAAUCUCGGAAUUCCAACUCGGGCCACUUGCUGGAGCUCCGACUUUACAACCUGAAGAUCAUGAUUUGACCUCGUUUUUCCCCGAGUUCCCAGUUGUUUUCAACGCGGCAAGAGUCCCCAAGGCUGUCAUUGUCAACAACCAUCAUAAACACACUGCUGACGAGACGCCAUUCUACUUUACUGUCUCCUCCAUAGACAUUAAAACUCUCAUCAUACAUUUUCUUUCUCCUCCACCUGUCUUAUUUGAGCGAGAGGUUUCCGCCUUUACUUCUUCUCUGGUGGGUGGAGUCGGUCACCUGAACCACAAGGUAGGACAUAUUUCUUCGGUGAGCGAACUGUGAUCUCCACAAAAAUGUUUACAUUUUCGGAUUCAUAGUUCACCAAGCGGAAUCACCUCAACUGCCAUUAUGAGCCAGCCCCACAGAGGGCAAAGGGGGAGAAACGGUGGUCUCCACGAGCAUCGGGAACACAGGCCACGACGGGAGCUGCAGCACAACUCUAGACAACCAUCAAGCGACAGGUCCUCUUCUCAGCCUCCAUAUUACAGGGACUCCACACCCCCUCUUAAACAUGUGCGGCACCGAGAAGCCCCAGAAGAGGAUUAUAAUGGGUCCAAAUGCACCAAUAUCUGUUCUAGGAGAGGUAUGGUGUUGAUCUGUUCAGUCCUGACCAAUGCCCUGGUCCUGAUCUGUGUGGUGGCAGCUCAGAUGGUGGUGUCAGGCAUGUCUGCUAUGGGUGGCCUGGCGGGAGGCAGCUUCAACCUUAACACUAACAUCCCCUUCGAGGGCCAAGAGCUGCAACAGGUGAGAGACCUGGACAUGCAGUACAGCCAGAUGAGAGCUCCGGGAAUCUACGGGGGCGUGGCAUUUGCGCUAGUCUUCGGUGUUGUCUCCCUCUUGUUCGUAGUCUCUGGGAACAAGCCCGCUCACCUGCUGGGCCAGAAGCUACUGAUGGGAGCAUUGGUGUUCCAGGGUUUGGGAGCAGUACUCUACGUGGUGGCUGUGGGGUUGUACCUCCACUUUGUCAUCCAGGUAAACAGUACAGAUGUGUGUAAGAGAAGGGAGAGGCUCUAUGCACGUUCAGGUUUAACCUGGAUGAACUGUGAUGUGGGAGGAGCAGACGCGGCCGUGGCUUUGUUUGGGCUGAUCACUGCGAUACUCUACACUGCCGGUACAGUGCUUACGUUCCACACGGUGCGCUGGGUCAGGGGCUACCUGAAGGAUCGCAGGCUACACGAGGAGAGAGAUAGACGACCCCCUACUGCCAGUUCCCACCCCCAUAGGGCACCACUACGGUCUGAUACCGCUCUGUGACGGAGAUGCAGGUUGGGCCUCAAAUAGCUCCCUAUUCUCUAUAGAGUACAUUACUUUUGAUCAGGGCCCAUAGGGCUCUGGUCACAAUAAAUAGAUUGUAGGAAAUCGGUUGCCAUUUGGGACGACACCACAGAUGAAACCCGGAAGGGACCAAAGUGCUUUUUCACUCGAUCCCUUUUCAUUAAAACUGUCUGUCCAUUUGACAGUAAUGGGACUUGCAACUACCCACUGGGCAAAGAUGUCAGUUCAACAUCUAGUUUUGAUUUACUUUUGAGUUGUCAACAGUUAAAUCAACAAAAAUGUGAACCAUUUAGGUUUAAAGUAGGGUGGAAAAAAGGCAUCUCUAACUUUUUGCAAAUCCAGUAAGUUUGAUGUUGAUUCCAAUAUCAUCACCUUGAAUGUUUUGUUGAAAUGACAUGGAAAACAAUGUUGAUUCACCCAGUUUGCUCCCUAAACUUCUGUAAAGCAUGGAUUUGAUAUUAAUUCCUUUUUAACUGCAACAUGAAUGACCCACUGAUCUCACAGACAGAUCUUGUUAUUCAUCAAUAAAACUUUUGUAUGUAUGCAUGUGUGUAUAUAGAGGUUGCAUGUAAAUAAACCUUUACAUUUAUCUGCCACUCAA